AUGGAUAGAAGCUGGAUUUUUGGGGCACCGUUCACACCUGCAUAUGUGAAAGGAGUCGAAGAGUUCAUGCAAUUUGUUAGUGAAAGAUACCCCAAAGGCAGCCAGAUACUUUGCCCGUGCAGCAGAUGUCUAAAUCAAAAAAUGCAGUCUCAGCAUGAGGCAAGUGACCAUAUACACAUUUAUGGAAUGUCAGCUACUUACACGAGGUGGAUUCAUCAUGGGGAGUCGGCGGAUACUGAAGUGGUUGAGAAUUUGGAGCAGCAUGUCGAAGGAAGGGAUCAUGACUUUGGGACACAUGCGGAUGUGGCCGAUGAUGACUAUGAUGAGGAUCACGGAGUACCAGAGAUGAUUGGUGAGUUGUAUGCUGCAGCAGAGGCAGAGGGAGAACAACCAAUGUUUGCAAGAGUCCUUGAAGAUGCGAAGAAGUCACUUAGCCCAGGAUCUAGGCACUCAAAAUUCUCUUUUUUGGUGAGGAUGUUGUAUAUCAAGUCUCGUUAUCGAAUUGGCAAUACAGCAUUUUCUGCGAUGAUCAAGUUGAUGUCAGAAGGAUACCCUCAGAGUGAGUUGCCAAAAUCAUAUGAUGAGGCCAAGAAAUAUCUUAGAGAAUUGGGUCUUGGCUAUGAAAACAUCCAUGUGUGCCCGAACAAUUGUGUGUUGUUUCGGAAGAGGUAUGAUGAAUACAAUGUGUGUCCAGUAUGCAAGGCAUCUAGAUGGCAAGAUGAAACUGGGACCAAGAAGGUUCCACAGAAAGUGUUGAGGCAUUUUCCACUUGUGGCAAGGUUGAAAAGAAUUUUUGCUUCAAAGCGAACUUCUGAAGAAACACAAUGGCACCAGAAAAAGAGGACGCCAGUCAACAAUGUAAUGAGCCAUCCAGCUGAUGGGGAAGCAUGGAAGGACUUUGACAGGAAAUUUCCAGAUUUUGUACGAGACCCGAGGAACUUGAGGCUUGCCUUAGCUACCGAUGGAUUCAAUCCAUUUGGCAACAUGAGUACCCAGUACAGUAUGUGGCCAGUGCUUCUAACACCGCUGAAUCUCCCACCAUGGGAAUGUGUGAAUCCAGCAAACUGCUUUAUGGCAUUACUCAUCCCAGGUCCAAAAUCUCCAGGAAAGGAUUUUGACGUGUUCCUUGAGCCCCUAAUUGAGACCUGA